CACGCUGCCGAUUUCUCGUCGCGCUGGAUUGCGCCUCGCGUCGCCCGCCUUCCUCACCUCGUUGCUCAUUACCCAUCUCGCCGAUUCCUCUUUAGCUACCCAAUUUCUCGUGUAGAUUGCUCUUGAGUUCGCCACCUGGGUCCGAGCUCAGAGCUUUCAGCGCCGCUUUUUGCAGCUGCUGCUGCUCUUUCGUUAUUUUCUCGCUUGGACAUGCGCAUUUACACGAGGCUGGACGUUGGCUGGUACUUGAUAUCGAAUGGGUUUUCGUUUCUUAGGCGUUUCGAGUCGAUUGCUGCCGCGCAGACAGUUAGGCAGACAGAUGAAACGGACGUUCCCGCUAGUGAAUUGAGCUGAUAAUGUAUUGUUUGGUGUUAUGCAGCCCUAGUUUUAGUUCAUUCCUGGGUCCCGUGUCGCGGUGCAGAUUGCCCCUUGCGGUACCAGAAUUUGACGACCUCAAGAUCUUUCUGUGUCUGUAAGUGGUUUUAUAGCUUUUGUUAGGUGUGUCUGUAAGUGGUUUUAUUGCUUUUGUUAGGUGUAGCAGGAGAGCAGAAUUUCUGGUUCGUCAGUGUUCAAAUCUGAUCAAUCGGUGGAGUGAGGUACUUUGUUAACGGAUUAGGUUGCCGUGCAUCCAUGGCAGCAGCUGGACUAGCUAGAGCUGGCCAUCUCCUCAUAUCCCGUCAUGAGUACAAGUGUGGUUAUUGUAAGCCAUGUUCCAAUCCCAAAUAUGGAUAUCUGAUCAGAGAUUCACCAGCUCUUGGGUAUAAAAGGCAUUUGAAGGAAGAGCCUCGUAGUAAGACGAGGCUGGUUGUUAGGGCAGAUGCGGCCGAUAACCAAAAAUUGCGAGAGCAGCAGCAUGAGAUCCGAGUUUGCAUCAACAAGACGUGCAGAAAGAGUGGGAGCCUGGAAAUGUUAGACGUUAUCCGGAGCUUGGCACCGCCCAACGUGACCGUGGAAUCAUGCAGUUGUAUUGGGAUAUGUGGCAACGGUCCUAAUUUGGUGAUUUUACCAUCUGAAAUGAUGGUUAGCCAUUGUAACACUCCGGCGCAUGCUGCACGUCUCCUGGCUCUGCAGUGUGGGGCCUCUAAUCCGGAGAACAAUCUCCAAGCGCUGCAUCUGAAGCAGCAGGCUAACAAAGCCUUUGAACGAGGAAAUCUUGUGGAAGCUGAGGGAUUGUACACAGAGGCCAUAGAACUCAAUCCAUCCGGAGGUCUUCACUUUAUCUAUGCCAACAGGUCUGCCUUACGAUUAGCGCAAGGGAACUUCCAAGGGGCUUUAAAUGACGCCCAAGUGGCUGAGGCAAUAUCUCCCAAGUGGGCCCAGGCUUUCGUGCGUCAGGCAGAUGCGUUGUCUGCGAUGGGCGAAGUGGAGCGUGCUCUAGCAGCUCUUUCCACUGCUCUUUGUCUUGAUCCUUUGCUGAGACGCUCCAAAGGCUUUCAGUCCAAGUCCAGGGAGCUGCAAAUGAAGCUGGAGACAGCAAGUGCCUCCAUGUAACAUCCUACAAGCUUCAGUUGGGUACUCUUGAAGCUGUUUAGAAAUCUGAUUAGAAAAUCCAUUGUCUUAUUUUCAAGGAAUUGUAAUAUUCGAGAACGAUUAAAUGUUCAUGUUGAAAUUAUCUACAUUGUGAUAGUGAUCUUUGAAGGUCUUGAGGUAGUGAUGGAUAAUGGUAGUUCGAGGAACAGAAUUAUCACGAUGAUUUCUCACCUCAAUGUACAAUCAUAUCCCACGCAACUCGCUUUUGUUGAACGAUCUUUUUAGCUUUUUGGUAAACUUAUGAAAUGGUUAAUCCCAGUGCUUUCUUCA